AUGCAGGUUGAAGGAAACUUCUACGUUAAUGAAUCCCUGGAGAAAUUGAUUUUUGAAGAGCUUCGAAAUGCCUGCAGAGGGGGAGGAAUCGGUGGAUUCCUCCCAGCAAUGAAACAGAUUGGAAAUGUGGCAGCACUGCCUGGAAUUGUUCAUAAAUCCAUUGGUCUCCCUGAUGUCCAUUCUGGCUAUGGUUUUGCAAUUGGAAACAUGGCAGCUUUUGACAUGGAUAGUCCUGAAGCUGUGGUCUCCCCAGGUGGUGUCGGUUUUGAUAUAAACUGUGGAGUGCGUCUGCUAAGAACAAAUCUUGAUGAGUGUGACGUCCAACCUGUAAAAGAGCAGUUGGCUCAAUCUCUCUUUGAUCAUAUCCCUGUGGGGGUGGGGUCAAAAGGAGUUAUCCCAAUGAGUGCCAAAGACCUCGAGGAAGCUCUCGAAAUGGGCGUGGACUGGUCUCUCAGAGAGGGUUAUGCCUGGGCUGAGGAUAAGGAGCACUGUGAGGAGUAUGGCAGGAUGUUGCAGGCAGAUCCCAACAAAGUGUCAUCCAAAGCUAAGAAGAGAGGACUACCACAGCUGGGAACUCUUGGGGCAGGAAAUCAUUACGUUGAAAUCCAGGUUGUGGAUGAGAUAUAUAAUGACUAUGCUGCUAAAAAAAUGGGCAUUGACCAUAAAGGCCAGGUGUGUGUGAUGAUCCACAGUGGAAGCAGAGGGCUCGGCCACCAGGUUGCUACUGAUGCCUUAGUUGCCAUGGAGAAGGCAAUGAAAAGAGACAAGAUCACCGUGAACGACCGUCAGCUGGCCUGUGCCCGCAUCUUCUCACAGGAGGGACAAGACUAUCUAAAAGGCAUGGCUGCAGCUGGGAACUAUGCCUGGGUCAACCGUUCAUCCAUGACCUUCCUCACCAGACAAGCAUUUUCUAAAGUGUUUGCGACUACACCUGAUGACUUGGACAUGCAUGUUAUCUAUGAUGUUUCCCAUAAUAUUGCUAAGGUUGAGGAACAUAUUGUUGAUGGCAAACAGAGAACAUUGUUAGUCCACCGCAAAGGGUCCACUAGGGCUUUUCCGCCACACCAUCCACUCAUCCCUGUUGACUACCAGAUCACAGGUCAACCGGUGUUAAUCGGAGGAACCAUGGGAACAUGCAGCUAUGUCUUAACUGGCACAGAGCAUGGGAUGACGGAGACGUUUGGCACAACUUGUCAUGGAGCGGGCCGAGCUCUCUCAAGAGCAAAAUCACGCAGAAACUUAGACUUCCAGGAUGUCUUGGACAAACUUGCUGAUAAGGGUAUUGCUAUUAGAGUGGCUUCACCCAAGCUAGUGAUGGAGGAGGCUCCCGAAUCAUACAAAAAUGUGACAGAUGUUGUCAACACAUGCCAUGAUGCCGGAAUCAGCAAAAAGGCCAUUAAACUGCGACCGAUCGCUGUUAUUAAAGGAUAA